AUGGUGCUUGAGCUCUUUCUGGACCGGUACUCACCCCCCUGCCGUGCCAUCUACAUUUUCACCAGGAAGAACAGCAUCCCCUUUGAGAUGCGCCCUGUGGAGCUGGCACAGGGGGAGCACCUGAAACCUGAAUUCCUGAAGGUGAACCCCCUGGAGAAGGUGCCUGCCCUCAGGGGUGGGGACUUUCUGGUGGCCGAGAGCGAAUCCAGCUCAGAGGGCUGGGAGCUGGACCAGGGGGCUGCUUUGGGGCUAAAGCUGGGAGCUUCAGAGUGGAAGGGGCCUGUGGAUGCUGUGCAGCUGCAGCAGCUGUUGGGGAAGCUGACGCCCGCUUUGCAGCACCUGGAUCAGGAGGUCCUGGCGGCCAGACCCUUCCUGGCCACCGAGCAGGUCUCCCUGACAGAUCUGAUGGCAUUCACAGAGCUGAUGCAGCCCACUGCCGUCGGCUGCGACCUCUUCCAAGACUGGUCCUGGCUUGCUGUGUGGCGAGCCUGUGUGGAGGCCACCCUGGGCCUUGAGCUCGUCCAGGAGGCCCACAGGUGCUGA